AUGCAUAUGUUGAACAUUGCUAGGUUAAAUGACGAAGUCUGUCUGUAUGUGGUUCAUUAUAUGGUGGAACCAGAAAUAAUAGAAAUGAUUGAUUGGGUUGGUGGUCAUGUUGAUGAUGAAGGUGAUGUUGCAACACGAGUGGAGGGUGAGGGUGAUACCCAUGAGGGUGAUGAGGAUCCUGAGGUGCAUACUGAACUUGAAACAAAAAUGUUGGAGGGUCGGGGUGAUGAGGAUGUUGAUGUGCAUACUGAGCUUCAUACAAAAAUAGUUGAGGGUAAUGGUGAUGCCGAAGAGGGUGAUAAGGAUACUGAGGUUGAGGAUGGUGAGGUCCAUGAGGUUGAGGAUGGUGAGGUCCAUCAUGUAGAGGAACCUGAGGUACAUGAGGUAGAUGAUUUUGAGGUAGAGGAUUUAGGAAAGGAUGAUGAUGUAGAGGACAGUGAGGGUGACGAUGUACAUGAGGUAGAGAGUGAGGAGGAAGAUGUACAUGAUGAAGAAGUUGAUGUCAGUGAAGAAAGUCUAAUUGAUGUCAGCGUCCAGUGUGACAUUGGGACUUCUAAAGGAAAUGUUAGAGAAGAACAUUUCAAUCCACUACUUGAGUCUUCUCGAUCAACAAACAAUGAGAAGUGA